AACGGAAUGGCUUAAACUACAUAUAUUAAGCUUACAUUUUUACAUUUAAAAGUGUUUAAUAUUUAGAGUUCACUGAUAUUUUCUAGGUUUAAUAUGUUGCUUAAUGUAUGUACUAUGUAGUCACAUUAAGAAUACAUUUCUAAACUUAAAAGUGUUAAACACUCAAAAUUGACUAACAUUCUCAAGACUUAAUAUAUUGCUUAAUGUAUGGAGUUUAAGACUGACCUAAUUCAACAUCAACAUGUAAGAAUUUAUAUCAUCCAGAAUUCAAUCCAUCUCAUUCCUAGGACUUCUUUUGAAUGGAAGCUAUUCAACUCAGAGUUAAUGAAAUUUCAAGCUCACAAACUCUUCAGAAAGAGGGGUUCUGAAAAUUAGUAUUCAUAAACUCAGAGGAGCCAUUGUAACGCUUCUCAUGGGAUGUUUAUAAAAGAAAGUAGCUAGUAUUCAUAAAUAUUUAGAAAGUGAACUCGUGUUAGUAUAUAACAGAAAAAAAUAUUUUACGAUGAUACAACGGGUGCUGAGUGCACCUCCACCAUCCUCCACCAUCCACUUUCUGUAGACAGAAUGUUUUAAACCAUUUUAAAAACAAAAGGGUCUUGAAGAAUUACUUGAUAUACACUAAUAUACAAACAUGCUUUUAAACCUUACCUACCAAUUUACUUCAGAACUGUCACUGAAAGAUUUAUCGUUCUAUAAAUAAUGAUAUUUUGGUUCUCUCGGUUGUGUUUCCUUAACAAGUUUUUUAAGCUAUUUAAAUUAAUAUAUAGGUGUUCUCAAACAUUAUUCUUGACAAAGAGUGUUGCAUAUCAAAUUCAUCUUAUCCUUAAAUUAUUCUUGGUUUUACAAAUACACACUACUCUUUUCAUUGCCCCGCGUCAACUACUACAGGUUAUGCGAGCUUAUAAUGAAUCAACAAAUGACGCUUUUAUGGGGUAAAAGAGCCUUGUAAUGAAUCAGCAAAGUCGGUUUCUAUGUGGGUUGAGAUGAGGUCCCAGUGAACAUUGGGUUGGUCUCAUUUUUCCCUCACCAAAUUCAGUGGCACACGUUUUUUUAUGCAAAAUCCCAAAGAGCUAACAGUUCUGAAGGCAAACCCACCUCAUUAAUUCCCCAAUUUUUAUAUCAUUUCAUCCAUUCUCUGUGCCAACUGCCAACCCUUCUACUGAAUUUCGAAAACAAUGCUUGAUAUAGUAAUCUGCAGUUAGGUAUGGGUAGCGCCCUGGAGACACUGUGCGGCCAAGCUUUUGGAGCUCGGAAAUAUCAUUUAUUGGGAUUAUAUAUGCAACGAGCAUGGAUUGUCCUGUUUGGUGUUGCAAUUCUUCUUUUACCAAUGUAUAUAUUUGCAACCCCCAUCUUGAAGAUCCUUGGACAGCCAGAUGACAUUGCUGAAUUAACAGGAAAAGUUUCAAUCUGGUUCAUACCUCAACACUUCUCAUUUGUAUUCCUCUUUCCUGUUCAGAGGUUUUUGCAAUCUCAGUUGAAAAACAUGGUCAUUGCAUGGAUCUCUGCAGCCACUUUGGUGCUCCACGUUUUUCUAAGCUGGCUGUUUAUUAUAAAAUUGGACAUGGGGCUAAUUGGUUCAGCAAUGACAUUAAAUUUGGCGUGGUGGUUGCCCCCAAUUGCCCUAAUUCUUUAUGCCACUUGUGGGGGUUGCCCGCUGACGUGGACAGGUUUGUCCAGAUAUGCAUUCACAGACUUGUGGUCUUUUGCCAAGCUUUCUGCUGCAUCCGGUGUCAUGCUAUGUUUAGAGAAUUGGUAUUACAGAAUAUUGGUCCUCUUGACAGGAAAUCUGCCAGAUUCAGAAGUAGCGGUUGAUUCUCUUUCUAUCUGCAUGAGCAUCAAUGGGUGGGAGAUGAUGAUACCACUUGGUUUUUUUGCUGCUACCGGUGUAAGGGUGGCCAAUGAGCUGGGUGCUGGAAAUGGCAAAGGAGCUAGGUUUGCAGUGAUUGUAUCUGCAACUACUUCGACUGUGAUAGGCCUUGUUUUUUUUUUGCUCAUUAUUGUGCUUCGCCAGGAAUUUGCUCUGGCCUUCACAAGUAGCUCCACAAUUCUAGAAGCAGUCUCUAAACUGUCCAUUUUAUUGAGCUUUACUGUCCUCUUUAACAGUAUUCAGCCAGUCCUGUCAGGGGUAGCAGUGGGAUCAGGGUGGCAAUCUUAUGUUGCUUACAUCAAUAUUGGGUGUUACUAUGUGAUUGGUAUCCCUUUUGGAGUCAUUCUUGGUUGGGUGUUUAAACAGGGGGUUUUGGGGAUAUGGACAGGAAUGAUAUGUGGUACAGCAGUUCAGACGAUUAUUUUGGCUUUUAUUGUGUAUCGAUGUGACUGGGACAGAGAGGCUGCCCAAGCCAUAGAUCGAGUCAGUGAAUAACAUAGGCUAUUAUGUGUCCUAGUACCAAAGGCUACGGAUGCACCAUCAUAAUUUAAUUCAACUCUGGCUUGUUAUGCUACUGGUAGUCCAAAGAGACCUCUUUGGGGAAGCGUAGUUAAGGGAGAUUUUUUUGUUUUAGAAAACAUGUACAAUUAUCUUGAUUUAAUUUAGCUUUUAAUUCCUCCUCAUUUUGAAUUUUCAAGUUCCAGGGAAGGCCCAGAAGGGCUAGCAAACUGUCAAACUCCAUGAAUAUAUGAAACAUGUACUCCUUAAUAUUAAUAUAUCUGGCUCUGCCGUUUAUCAACCAAAAAAAAAGCUUUUAAUUCCAUCAGCUAGGUUUAAGGGAUGGAAAAGCAAGGUAGGUAGUUUGAGUUGCUUCUUAAGAACGAAGUAGGCGACAUUUUUGUAUGCAUUC